UUAAAAAUUAAAAUCGAGGGGCUCGGUCAGGUUUUCUGAAUGACGUAGUCGCCGACGAUUGGCUGUAAUGGCGAGGUAUGCAAAUUAGGGGGUGGGCUUGCUGGAACGAGUAGGUGACGUCAGUUCCCCCGUUCGCGUAGAUCGACACAAACAUGGCGAAAGAUUCGAGUGGACUGAGGCUCACGGUAACUUUAUUCUUAUUUUCUUGUGUUUUUGCGGGCAGGCAGGCCGAGGCGGCGCUUUCGGAGUCAAGGGGCGACACUCGGAUACUCGGCGUGAGACUGGAGACGAGCACCACGCCGGCCGAAACCACCGAGAAAGGGGUUAUUCAGGUGACCGAGGGCAGCGACACCUCCUUCAGGUUCUACGGGCUCCACUUGUCCCCGGACAGCUCGAAGCUCAUCGGCUUCACGGAACUUUACUCCAGCGAUAAAGAGGAUGAUGACUUCGGAGCACUCACUGUCUCAUUCAAUAGGACUUGUCCCGAACUUACGAAGGAUAUUGUAGUGUUGGGGCCCAUGGAGGUAAGCAAUCAAAACACCUCCGGUGUGGUCAGCCUCAAGAUCAAGCAGCUCCGUAAGAGCGAGGUGGUGAAGGUGUUCGGCUUGUGCGUCCGCGACAAGGAGGAGAAGGAGCCCAAAUGGUUCCUGCUGGAUGAUAAAGACGGCAGACUGCGGGUGGUGGAGGAGAAAAAGUCCAUGCUGCCCAUCUGGCUGCAGAUUAUCCUCAUCUCCUUCCUGCUGGUGCUGUCCGGCAUGUUCAGCGGGCUCAACCUGGGGCUGAUGGCGCUGGACCCGAUGGAGCUCCGCAUCGUGCAGAGCUGCGGCACGGACAAGGAGAAGAAGUACGCACGGAAGAUCGAGCCCAUCCGCAGGAAGGGCAACUACUUGCUGUGCUCGUUGCUCCUCGGUAACGUCCUGGUCAACACCACACUCACCAUCCUCCUGGACGACCUCACCAAGUCCGGGAUCGGCGCUGUGGUCGCCUCCACGGUCGGCAUCGUUAUUUUCGGAGAGAUCGUCCCGCAGGCGCUGUGCUCCCGUCACGGUCUGGCAGUCGGUGCAAACACCAUCCUCGUCACCAAAUUGUUCAUGCUCUUAACUUUCCCUCUGUCGUGGCCAAUCAGCAAGAUCCUCGACUGCGUCCUGGGCCAGGAGAUCGGCACCGUGUACAACCGGGAGAAGUUGGUGGAGAUGCUGAAAGUCACCGAGCCGUACAAUGACCUGGUGAAAGAGGAGCUCAACAUGAUCCAAGGCGCGCUGGAGCUCAGGACCAAAACAGUAGAGGAUGUCAUGACGCCGAUCAGCAACUGCUUCAUGAUCCACAGCGACACCGUGUUGGACUUCAACACCAUGUCCGAGAUCAUGGAGAGCGGAUACACGAGGAUACCUGUGUAUGAGGGCGAGCGGUCAAACAUCGUGGACAUCCUGUUCGUCAAGGACCUGGCCUUCGUUGACCCGGACGACUGCACCACCCUGAAGACCAUCACCAAGUUCUACAACCAUCCUGUCCACUUUGUCUUUCACGACACUAAGCUGGACUCCAUGCUGGAGGAGUUCAAGAAAGGAAAAUCCCACCUGGCCAUUGUCCAGAAGGUGAACAACGAGGGGGAGGGAGAUCCUUUCUACGAGGUGCUGGGGUUGGUUACCCUUGAGGAUGUCAUCGAGGAGAUAAUAAAAUCAGAGAUUCUGGAUGAAUCGGAUCUUUACACCGAUAACCGCAACAGGAAAAAAGUGGCGCCAAAUAAGAAUAAGAGAGACUUCUCUGCCUUCAAGCACGAGAGCGAAUCUAAAGUGAAGGUCUCUCCUCAGCUGCUGCUGGCCGCCCAUCGCUUCCUGGCUACAGAGGUGAGCUUGUUCAGCCCAUCUCAGAUAUCCGAUAAGGUGCUGCUGCGAAUCCUGCGCCACCCCGAUGUGAUCCAGGAGAUCAAGUUCAACGAAAGUGACAAGCGUUCGCCCCAUCACUACGUCUACCAGAGGGGCAAGCCUGUCGACUACUUCGUUCUCAUCCUGCAGGGGCGAGUGGAGGUGGAGGCCGGUAACGAAAAAAUGAAGUUCGAGACUGGGUUCUCUUUCUACGGCGUCAUGGCGCUCAGUGCCCCACACUGGGUGGCGUCAGAUAUGGCUCCCAUGUCUCACUCCUCGCCACCCUCCCCUUCCUCCGUUGUGUCCCAUUGA